CAGCCCAGGUUUGUGGCUAAGAUGCUUCUAUUAUUUUCUGAAAGUAACUCUCUGUAUUACAUUUUCAUUACUCUUAAUUAUAACAGUUAAGAGCUAAGAAACCUUGCUCCAACAUUUGGUGGUAUAUGUCUACAGUUAUUAGACAUAAUGGUUUCAAAAAAGGAUUUUGUCUUUUCCACCGAUAGUUACUUUCCAAACUCAAUAAAAGGACAAGAGAGAAUGCGAAGGGGCUGCUGUCGGAAGUUUAACAUUGAUGGACCGGCAACUCGUCGUCCAGUCGAUUUUAAAGAAUUCUUAUCAAAUGAUGACAACAAGAUGCAGCUUUGUAACCUCUUACUGCGCGUAUGGAGUAGUCAAACGGCAGCAUCCAGACUUGAGAGGUGAAGACAGAGGAAAUACACAGCUUGGCGUCAAAUCAAGAGGAAACAGAUACCAGAGUGGUCCUGUAUAUGCACUAUGGUGCAAAGCUCGGAUACAAGUCUGCCAUAGUGCGAACUCCUGUUUCUGACAUAUUUUUUAUAAGUCUCCACCAUGCAACAUCUGUGCCGCUGACAAUAUUUCUAGAUGUUGGUACAGGGAAACAGAGAAAGGUGCUGAACAUCAGUGAACUAUCAGAAGCUCUAGGUGUCAACUAUUGCGCAGCCCUCUUAGGUCUUCACGUUUUCACUGGAGAAGUUGUGACAAGUGCAUUUAAGGGCAAGGGAAAGAUAGUAACACUCAGAAAGUUGCAAAGUUAUCCAAAAUAUCUAGAAACAUUCAGGACGUUGGGAGAUGCAGAACCAUUUGAUGAUAAUCAAGGAUGGAUUGUAAAGGACAAUGUGUUGGAGCCAUUAUGGGCCAAGGGUCCAAUUCUGCCUUCAAAUUUAAUUGACAUUAUGGACCAUGUGAACACAGAAUUUGAUGAGAAAGAAGAAGAUGAGGAAGAUGUUGACUUCCUCGAACUGGAAAUGACACUGUCAGAUGAGGAUUAAUCUGUAUCUGACAUUGUCGUUUCCAGUUCGAGAAAAUUAAUAUCUCCCUCAUCUACCCCCCCCCCCCAAAAAAAAAAAACACAUUCACGCUCUUAAGUAUGUUUUUUAUGGCACUGUUUGUGUUAAAACAAGUAUUUUUAAUUUGCAUUUGUUGGCUUCUUACCAUUGAAGUGAAAUAUUACCACAUUAUCUGUUAUAUGCUUACUGUGUGAUAUUAUAAUGCGUUACUUUUGUAUAUAAAUGAUAUGUUUUCGUGUUUUUAACGGUUAAAAUACUAUUAUCAGUUAGGGAAAUGCAUUCAAUAUUAAAAAACAUUGUGAAUGCACUUGUAAGUGUCAGAAACAAUCUUUAUACAUAAACAUAACAAGUUAAAAAAGCUAGUACGUCUCAAAAUAUAUUAAGAUGCACAUUAGGAAUUUUUUCUUCAAAUUUGUUAUUUACCCCACCCACUUUUAUUGUCUUAUAUAUCAUAAUUAUUGAUAAUAUUCACAUAAAAUGUUAUAUUAUUAUAUUCCUUGGUCCCAUAUGUGUACAUAAAUUUAGUUAGGAUGAUAAUUGUACUUAAACUGCUUUUCAGGUACAAAUUGAAACAUGUCAUAAGCCAAAAAAACAUGAUUUUUGGCGCCUUUUUUUCAUAUAUGUAGUCAUUAUUUUCAUAAAAUGUAUAAUAUUUCACCAAAAAAUGUAUUUGUUUAAUAAGAAUAAUAUGUUAUUAAUUGCUUAAAUUAAAAAAGUUACC